CUCACUGUGAACGUGUUGGAGCUCCCCCUCUUCUUCGACCUCGCGGAGACAUUUUUGCACAAAACCCCCUUGUAUUGAGUCCCCCGCACGAGCCCCUCAUCUUCUCCCACCUCUCCGCUCAAAUGGAAACCCUAGACCCCGUCGAAACCCUAGGUGGCGAUCCCACGCAGGAGCCCCCCGAUCCCCGAACCCUAGAACCGGGGCUAGGGUUUGCUCCGGGAGCUGAAACCCUAGCUCCGGAAUCGAGGGGCGAAACCCUAGGAGUCGCCUUCGCCGACGAGGAAGGGGAUUCGGCGGUGCUAGGGUUAGGGUUUGCCAGCCCUUGCGGCGUCGGCGACCUCGUCUGGGCGAAGACGAAGGGCCAGCCAUGGUGGCCGGCGCGGGUUAGCGACCCCUCCCUCGCCCCGCCCGAUCCAUCCAAGAGAUCCCCCGCGAAAGCGGGAUCCGCCAUUCACGUGGCGCUCUUCGGCAAUGGCGCCGCAUGGUGCUCCGCUUCGCAGCUGAAGCCCUUCUUCUCCCCCGGCCUCGACGAUCUGGUUCAGCAGAGCCGGUCGAAGGGCUUCGUCGCCGCCGUCGAGGAGGCUCUAGGGUUUGUGGCACAAUGCCUCCAAAAGGAGCUCACUUGCCAUUGCUAUCCCGCCGAGGAUCGAUUCAGCGACCGCAGGUUCUGCCCCGAGAAGCUCGGGGUUUCGAAUUUCUCGCCGUCGGAGUUCCUCGAUCGUGCCUUGGAUGCUGCAGUUGAUGUGUUGGCCCCCGACAUGAUCGAAUGCGUGAAGCUCAGAAGCUGGGCCGUGGGAUUCGGGCACGGAUGGUUAUCCGAGGAUUUGGUUGGGUAUCGGAGGCGGAGAGAGGUAACCGAGCUAGUGGAUAAGAUCGACCUUGAUAUCCCAGCCGGAGAGUUACUUGAUAGCAAGGGCGAAGAAGAAGAAGAAGAAGAAGAAGAAGAAGAGAGGGAGGUGGAGUUGAAUGAUGGCGGCGAGGUUCCGAGGGAAGUUACGGUUUCGGAGGAAGAGGAGAAGUUGGAGAAGGGUCGGAAGAAGAGAAGCAUGGCGGCGCUCAUCGCCGAGAUGGACAUGGAUUUGUGUAAAGAGGAGGCGGAUAAGAAUGUGGAAUUUAGCGGAGAGGAGGAGGAGGAGGAGGAGAAGAAUGGUGGAAGCAAGAAGGGUUUUGAGACAGUAAUUGGCGAUACGAAGAUUGAAGAAGAGUCGGGAUCGGCAAAGAGGGAGAGGAAGAAGAGCAAGUAUUUGUCUUACCCCUACACUAAUUUGAUCGGCUUUGUAAAGGAUUUGGACUCGUCGCCUUGGAGUGGGGAUGAGAGGACGGCAAAAAAGGGUAGCGAGACGAUUCACAAGGAAGAGGAUAAGAACGGCCCAGCUCUUAAUUUCGACGGGAUUUCGUUGCGAGAGACAUUCUGGGAGCUAAUUUGCACGGCGAGAAAUCCACUCCACCUGAAGUGGAACAGGUCGGCAAAGGUAGUGCGGGGCUUUUUUUCUAUGUAUAGAAGCGCGACGUUUGUAAACGGCAGUGAAUAUGAGGGUUACCAAAAGCACAUUGCAGAAUCUUGCUGCGGCGUAGGGAAAUCUCUGGAUGAAGAGAAGAGGAAUGAUGAAGAAGGCGGAAUCGAAGCAGGGUUGAGUCCUGGUUCGGUUGAUCUCUCGGGACAAAAGAAGCUGAGUUUUAAGAGGAAAAAGAUUAGCAAUGCAGCUACUGGAGAAACUCCAACGGCAGCGGAUGAAAAUGGUGGAGAGGAUUUAACUAAUUCAAUCCCUGCUUUGGUCUACUCUGUUGACGGGAAGAAGGGAAAUUUGAAGAGGAAAAAGGCGAAGGAUGUGGCUGGCGAAGAAAUUGUUCAGGGUUUGCUUCCAAAUUCAACAGUUGGUUCUGAAGAAAACAACACUUGUAAGAAGAGGAGGACGAAGAAAGAGAAAGCUAGUAUUCAAAAUCCAUUGAAUUCGAAUGUCCAGUUGGUAAGUGUUCUGGUGGAAAGUGAAUCUUUAUCGAAGAAAAUGGACGAUAGUACCGCUGCUAAUGGUGAAAAUGUAGCGAAUUUGGGUAAAGAUGCUAAUAUUUUUGUAGAACCUGCUAAAUUUACAUUGGAGAUGCCUAAGAGCAGUGAAGUGGCUAAUGGGAAAAGACCAAUUGAAAUUAGCCAUUUUCAAACAAGUAAGCCUCGAGAAAGGAAGAGGAAGAACAAUGACAAACAUAAUUUGGGUAGCAAAGCGAUCAACGGUUUGGAAGCGAGCAAUUCCACGCAGAAGAGAAAGAAGAAGGAUGGAGUUAAUUUCUACGGAAACCCCGCUGCCCUUCUCUUGAACUUCAACCCAGGCGUUGUUCUCCCUUCCAAAGAGGACCUUGUUUCCACCUUUAGCCAGUUCGGCUUGCUGUUCGAGUCGGAGACAGAAGUGCUUCGCGAAACCGGCUGCGCCCGCGUCGUGUUUGCAAAAAGCGCUGAUGCGGAAGCGGCUUUCAACAGCGCUGAUAAGCCCGGCAUUUUUGGGCCCCCAUUUGUCACCUACCGCCUCCACUACAUGCCCCCUAUGAAAAUGAGCUCGCCGCCUUCAAAUAUUCCUGCAAAAAAGCCUCCACUCAAUUGCAUUAGAAAAAACCUCGAAAGGAUGAUCUCAUCACUGACUUCAUCGCCGCUGAGAAAAGCCGGGCCGUCAGGCGGGUUGAGGUCGGACGUGAAGGACAAUCUGGUCAGCGAGAUGCAGGGCCUCUUGAAGAAGGUGGACACUAUGCUGAGCGGACCGACUACCGCCGGUAACCCUAAUUAGUUCUGGUGUUUUAUGAAUAUCUUUCUUUCUUUCUAACAUCCAUUAGCUUCAGAGUUGUUAAGUGAUCUAUGUUAGUAGUGUGAUCUGUCUAUGAGGAGCUGCCCCCUUUAAUUUCUUGGAGGGUCAUGUUUUGUUCUUUGUGGGGUAGCUUUAAGUUAGGUUGUUCCUGUGCAUUGUAGACUUCUAGAUAAUGAACAGUUCGGCUUAGCCUGCCUUGUUGUGAUCUUAAAUACAUUUGCAUGUUGUUGUAGAUGGGCCGUAAAGAUGGCAAUCUACGGAGGAUGUCCUCCUUUGUUGUAGCAUUCUAGUAGCAAAUUUUCCAAUAGCUUUAGUUUUAUUUGGUAAAUAAUUUGAAUAA